AUGGUUCAGUCAGAGACGAGUAUGGAAAAAUACAAGAAUUUAUCAGAUUUCCUUAAGAAAUUCUUCAUACCUUCGUACGUUCUCUCGCCUGAAGACGAGCCUGAGGCGCAAAUCAGUUGUACAACUGCACCUGAGAACCCAAUCCUCGUAUUCAUCAACUCCAAAAGCGGAGGUCAACUAGGUGCAGAACUCAUCCUUACCUACCGUACUCUGCUCAACGACAAGCAGGUUUUUGAUCUGGAGGUAGAGACCCCAGAUAAAGUGCUGCAGAGAAUUUAUCUUAACCUAGAGAGGUUAAAAGACGAUAGUUUGGCUAGCAAGAUUCGGGACAAGUUGAAAAUCAUUGUUGCAGGGGGAGAUGGAACAGCUGGUUGGCUCCUUGGAGUUGUUUCUGAUCUUAAUUUAUCCAAUCCACCUCCAAUUGCUACGGUUCCUUUAGGUACCGGUAACAACCUUCCAUUUGCAUUUGGAUGGGGUAAGAAAAAUCCUGGAACAGAUAGGUCUUCGGUGGAGUCUUUUUUGGGUAAAGUGAUCAAUGCAAAAGAGAUGAAGAUAGACAAUUGGAAGAUACUUAUGAGGAUGAAGCAUCCCAAGGAAGGCUCUUGUGAUAUUACUCUUAAGCUACCACAUUCUCUUCCUCGUAUUUUCCCAUCAGAUCAAGAAAAUAUGGAAGGUUACCAUACAUAUCGUGGGGGAUUCUGGAAUUACUUCAGCUUGGGAAUGGAUGCUCAAGUAUCUUAUGCAUUUCAUUCCCAGAGAAAACUGCACCCGGAAAGGUUUAAAAAUCAGCUAGUUAAUCAGAGCACAUAUCUAAAGCUUAGUUGCACACAAGGAUGGUUUUUUGCCUCUCUUUUUCACCCUUCUUCACAAAACAUAGCUAAGCUUGCAAAAAUUCAGAUUUGUGAUAGAAAUGGCCAAUGGAAUGAUCUUCAUAUUCCCCAAAGCAUAAGGUCCAUAGUAUGUUUGAAUCUUCCUAGUUUUUCUGGAGGACUAAAUCCUUGGGGAACACCAAAUCCUAAGAAACAACGUGAUAGAAGCCUAACUGCACCAUUCGUUGACGAUGGACUCAUCGAAAUCGUUGGGUUUCGAAAUGCUUGGCAUGGUCUUAUUCUGCUCUCUCCAAAUGGUCAUGGGACAAGACUUGCACAGGCAAACCGAGUUCGAUUAGAGUUUAAGAAAGGUGCGGCGAAGCAUGCUUAUAUGAGAAUAGAUGGAGAGCCAUGGAAACAACCACUGCCAUCAAAUGAUGAAACUGUGAUGGUAGAGAUCUCACAUCAUGGACAAGUCAACAUGCUUGCAACCCAAAAUUGCAGGUCCAAAAGCAUGUAUGAGUCUUCUUCUAUAAUCCGGUUUAGUAAUGAUGAAGAUGACUCAUCAGUGGUUGAAAAUGAGGAGUUUUAG